AUGUCAUCUGGACCCGUUGUACCAAUGGUAUUCGAAGGGCGUAAGGUUGUUGAGAACGGACGUACAAUGUUAGGUGCUACUAAACCUGAAGCAAGUUGUCCUGGAUCAAUAAGGGGAGACUACUGCCAAGAUGUAGGAAGAAAUGUUGUCCACGGAUCAGACUCAGCUGAAAGUGCUAACAGGGAAAUCAACUUAUGGUUUACUCCACAAGAACUAUGUCAAUAUAAACAAGCCGUUGACCCUUGGAUCCAUGAAUAGAUUGCUGUUUGAUCACCAUUUUAUUCCUGUAGACUGAGUGAUUGGCUAUUUCCCAAAUAAAUUGAAGGUUGUAUUGUAUUACUACUAA